CAAGAAUGAGCGGCGAAACAUCUGUCACUAAAUCUAGCAGGUCAGACGAAAAUCAAACGGUGAUAGGAUAUAUUGAGAUACUUCAAGAUCAUCAACUUUCUAAGCUUGAGAGGCGCAUUGAUAUUCACACGACACGUUCCCGAGGAGGGGGAAGUCUAGCCGAAGAGGUCAUGGAGAAGCUUGAGAGAUUCAAAAUACGUACGGUUAACAUCUUGGUGGGAGGAGAUGAUGGCGAACAGAAGAAAUAAAACAAAUUUCAAAUAUUUGAAUUCAUUCAUUCAUUCUUUUCUAACCAAUCAAAGACUUUAAUUACUUUUUCGUUGCU